ACAGUUCCGGCGACUUAGCCAGUGGUACGGCCGUCCCCCGCCCCAUCAUGCGAGGGUUCUGGAGCCAAGUGAUUACCCUAGCGGUAAUUUUACAAAUCGCUCUAGUAUUGGGCAAGGCUAUACAACAAAAUCAACAAACGCAGCAACAGUUGGAACAGGGUUCCCAAAGUACUAAUACACCUCAAAAGCGAAUUGGAUACGAUUACCCUGCACCGCCCCAUGACCUUGUGAAUCCAUUUCAAGAUCAUGACGACCUUCAUGCUCAUGGGGACCACCAUGAAGUGAUUGACCACGACCAUCAUGAUGAUCAUCACGACCAUUACGAACAUCAUGAUCAUCACGAUAUACAUGAUGAACAUCAUAUAGAAGAACAUCAUGAUGACCACCAUGAUCAUCAUGAUCAUCACGAUCCUGGGUAUUGGAAAAAGAAGUUAAUCUGGAAACCGGGAUGGAAAAAAAUCUGGAAACCGGCCAAAAAACAAAUAUGGAAGCCAUCGUGGAAAAAGAUUUGGAAACCAAUUUGGGUGCCAACGAAAGUACCUGUUUGGAAAGAAAUAAAGGUACCAGAUUGGAAAAAAAUAUACAAACCAGUAUGGAAACCGAUUAAAGUUCCGGCAUGGAAAGAGGUAAAGGUACCAGAUUGGAAAAAAAUCACGGUCCCAGUAUAUAAAGAUAUAGUGGUUCCAGGGUGGAAAGACAUUCAGGUUCCAGCAUGGAAGAAAAUUUGGGUACCCGAGUGGGUAAAAGUAGGUAUUCCUGGAGAAAAGUACUUAGGAAAAGAUCACGAGGGCUGGGAAUACACAUCUCAUGAUCUUUGGAAGAAAAAACUUGUAUGGAAACCCGUGUGGAAGAAAUAUUGGAAACCAAGCAAAAAACAAAUAUGGAUUCCAGAUAAAAAGUUGACAUGGAAAGAUGAAUGGAAGCAAAUAUGGAGAACAGAAAAGAAACAAAUCUGGAUAGAUGACAAGAAACUUGUAUGGAAAGAAGCAUGGAAGCAGAUAUGGAAGCCUUCCAAGAAAUUAGUUUGGAUUCCUGACAAAAAACUUGAGUGGAAAGAGGCAUGGAAACAAAUUUGGAUACCAGAUUGGAAGCAAAUUUGGGUACCUGGUGUGAAAAAGAUUUGGAAACCUGUAUGGAUCUCAGAGUGGUUCCCUUCUCCUGAUCAUCACGAGCAUGUACAUGAAUCUCACGGUUGGGAUAGAAGUGAUAACAAUACAGCAGCUAGCCAAAAGUCAGUCGCGGUAAAGCAGGCGCCAGAACAACCAACGCCAAAACAGCAAAAACAAGCAACAUGGCAGUUCCCCAAAUAAACAAAUAAAACUUUAAUAUUGUUAUAAAAUAAGGCAGAAUUGUUAUAUGUAAAUAUGAGCCAGACAAUUGACUAAUUAUAAUCACUAUUGUUGACUGUUGUUGGGAAUAUGAAUUUAGUCAAGCCGAGAAAUUACAUAUACGAUCAAUGACACGAGAAGGAAACAUCACAUCGUGGUUACAUGCUUAGGUAAUUAAAUCUCUUUUAUCUAUCCAUGUAAUUAAUUACUCAUGCGAUGCGAAAAUUUUAAACCAGCGAUGCGACUUAUUUUUCUGUUGACUAGUGAUUUAAUUACGUCUAUUUAAUUAAUAUAAUUGAAGAAAGCUUUAAAGUCCUUAUAAAAUCUAACGAUAUGGAUGCAAUUAUUUAAUUACCGGACUGACAAUAAGGCUGAAGAUGUGUGUGCUUGUAUAUAUAGGUAUAUGCUCGUACCAGCACGAGUAUAAUCUCUGUCCAUACCCACUGAUGCUAAGUGUUUUGUUGAUACUUGUAUAUUGUUAAGUUUUAAUUAGUUUUUAAGUUAUUAGUGAUAGUCGAUGCGGAACCAAUGAAAUAAAAUAUGUUAUUUUAAUAAGUUA